AUGAGCGUGAAUCCGAUAGGGGUGAUAGUGCCUGGGAGCGCCUGCGCGUUCCCGCAGCAGCUGCAGGGAGACGCUAAGUGGCUGCUGGACUUAAAGCCUGCAGCAGCAGAUGUCGUUUGCUUCUUGACGCAGCAAAACCAGCUGCCCCCAGACACAGGCAUCGGCAUUUACUUCGCGCUGCCCCCCUUCGCAGACUGGGAGGUCAGCAGCAGCAGCAGCGGUAGCAGCAGCAGCAGCAGCAGCAGCGGUAGCAGCAGCAGCGGCGGUAUUAGCAGCAGCAGCGGUAGUAGCAGCAGCAGCAGUAGUAGUAGCAGCAGCAGCAGCGGUGGUAGUAUCAGCAGCAGCAGCAGCAGCGGUAGCAGCAGCGGCGGUAGCAGCAGCAGCAGCAGUGGCAGCAGCAGCAGCAGACUGCUUUUGCACUUUUGCUUUUCUGCGCUGCAGUUCUUGGGGGUGCUGACGAACAACAGGCCGAGCACUCUGCUGUCCACCGGCUGGAAUCUGCUGCCCGAGGCUCGGCAGGCGGACGGGGUGCGGCUUGGCUUUUUGCUGGAAUCUGCGGAAAGCUUGACAGUGAAACUUGAAACGAAACCGAUCGUCGACGCAAAAAAAGAAUAUGCGCGAAAAGUGGCAUUGAAUUUGUACCGCUACUUGGAAUCAUUUCAAGGAGGCGGAAAUCAGGCACUGCUGGACCGCUGGUUCGAACGAUUCGAAGCAAAGUACCGCAUGGACCCGAACUUUGUGAUGAAGAGCGAGUGA